UGGCCCGGCUGCUGGGCCGCUGGGAUCCCGGAGCACCUGCUUCUCCGCAGGCUCCCCGGCGGCCCCCGCGGGGAGGGGGUGGUGCGCCCGGGAGAGCGCGCUCCCCACCUGGGCCGGGGCGGCAGCAGCACCCGCCCCGCUGGGAGGGGCCGCGCGCGGGGCAGGGCCGGGCCGGGCUGAGCGUCUCCGGCCGCUCCCCGGCCGCUGCUGUCGGAGGAGCACAGCACUUGUUUCCAAGGUCUGUGGCGACCCCCGCGCCGCGGGAGCGCUGGUCAUGAGGACCCUGUGGCUGGCGCUGUGCGCUCUGGUGCGGCUGUGGCCCGGGGCCCUGGCGGGCUGCGCUGAGGCGGGGCGCUGCUGCCCCGGCCGGGACCCCUCCUGCUUUGCCCGAGGCUGGAGGCUGGACAGGGUCUACGGGACGUGCUUCUGUGACCAAGCCUGCCUCCUCACCGGGGACUGCUGCUUCGACUACACCAGGGCUUGUCCAGCUCGCCCGUGCAUCGUGGGGGAGUGGAGCCCCUGGAGCGGCUGUGCCGACCAUUGCAAGCCCAUGGCCCGCGUGCGGAGGCGUCAGGUCCAGCAGGAGCCGCAGAACGGUGGGGCGCCCUGCCCGGCCCUGGAAGAGAGAGCCGGCUGCCUGGAGUACUCCACUCCGCAGGGCCAGGCCUGCGGGCACGCCUUCGUCCCUGCCUUUAUAACUACCUCUGCAUUCAACAAGGAGAGAACAAGACACGCGGCCUCCCCCCAGUGGUCUACAGACACAGAGGAUGCCGGAUACUGUAUGGAGUUCAAGACCGAGUCCCUGACCCAUCACUGUACCAUGGAAAACCGGCCCCUGACUCGCUGGAUGCAGUACAUCCGAGAGGGGUACACGGUGUGUGUCGACUGUCAGCCUCCGGCUAUGAACUCCGUGAGCCUCCGCUGCUCUGGAGAUGGCCUGGACUCGGACGGAAAUCAAACUCUCCAUUGGCAAGCAAUCGGCAAUCCUCGAUGUCAAGGGACUUGGAAAAAAGUUCGGCGAGUAGACCAGUGCUCUUGUCCAGCUGUUCACAGUUUCAUAUUCAUAUAGAUUGUGAGGUCAAUAUUUCAAAAUGUGUUUGUAAAUAUGCUAAAUAUUACCAAGUCAUGUUCAACGCUUCAGAAACCGUCCAAAAACCUAUUUGGCCAAGAUCCUGAACACAUCGUUGCUACACUCUGAAGCGGAGAAAGAAAAUUUAGGGGCCGGUUCUCAAGAAACACAGUGCCUUUAUUUUUAUUUUUACUGAGUUGAAGACCCACCCUGAAGUCUCCUAUGGUUUUGUGGCCUUGAUCUUUCAUAUAGAAUCCUCUCAUUCAACAGGUGGCCCAUGGGCCACAAAAUACAUGUCUAUUUGCAUUAAAA